AAGAUGGCUCGCCCUGACUCUCGCUACUCCUUUGAUGUCCCAAACCCUUGCCUCAACUUUGCCACUCUGAGUGAUGAUGAUGCACACAACCCAGACUCCUGGUUUGACCAAAAAGCCAAUCUGGAGAACGUUCCUCCUGGUGAAAACUUGGCCAAGGUCUCAGUGAACAGCCCUGCUCUUACCAAGCCAGAUCUCCUCUCCUCUUGCCCAUCAGAAGGAAUCAAAGGUGAAAGCCAUGGUGAAGAUGCUGGCCAAGCAGAAUGUGUGCAGGCCAGCACAGCUCCUCCCAACACCGUUGGAUCCCUGGCGAGCUGGAGAGCUGCUGCUCCUGCAGAGGCCCCUCAGAGGGCAGGCAGGAAGCAGGCUGCGAGGCAGAGGAAGGCACAGCAGCGGAAGCAGCCAGGCAGAGUGGCUGUGGAGGGCAGUGCUGACGCCCUGGCUGCUAAGGAGGAGGUCCCACCCCCCAAAAGAAUGAGGCUCUCUAGCAGCAGAGAGAAGCUGGCAGAAGGCUCCAGGAAGAGCCAGCAGAAUGCUGAGCUCUCCCCAGGGAGGGGGAAGAGCAAGCUGACCAUGCCCUCCACACCAAGGAUGCUGAAGAGGACCAAUCUCUCUGAGAAGCCCAAGAGCACAGAGGAGCAGGAGCUGGAGAAGAUGCAGCAGCUGCAGCGGGAGGUGAUGGAGCUGCGCAGGAAGAAUGAGGAGUCCCUGAAGGCAGCAAUUGCUGGCACAGGACAACCCCUCAAGAGAUCUGGUGGUCAAGUAACCAAACCGAUCGACUUCCACUUCUGCACGGAGGAGAGGCUGAAGCAGCAUGGGGAGAGCCAGAGCCAGCCUGGCAACCACUACAAGGAGGUGGAUUUUGCAGCAGUGCUGAGGAAACAUCCCCCCUCCCCGGCACGACUGCCAAAGGGCCCCACCGUCCCCAAACCAUUCAACCUGUCCCAGGGAAGCAAAAGGAAGCUGGAGGAAGCCACCCCGGAGUACAUGUCCCUGGCUGAGCAGGUGGAGGCCUUCCAGAAGCGCACUCCCUCGCGCUACCACCUGAGGAGCAGGAGAUCUGAGGAGGGCCCAGCUCCGCGGAAGGUGGCCAAGGCUCGGCUUACGCACCCCAAGACGCCGCAGCUGCUGACCAAGCAGCGCUUCAGACCUGCCACCUGCAAGACAGCAGCAGAGCUGGAAGCAGAGGAGCUAGAAAAAAUUCAACAGUACAAGUUCAAAGCACGAGAACUUGAUCACAAAAUCUUUGAGGGGGGACCAAUCCUGCCCAAGAAACCUGCAGUGAAGGAGCUCACCCAGCCUGUUGGCUUUGACUUGGAGAUAGAGAAAAGGAUCCAGGGCAGGGAGAGCAAGAAGCAGCAGGAGGAAGAGCACUUUGAGUUCCAUUCCAGGCCCUGCCCAACAAAAAUCCUGGAGGAUGUUGUGGGUGUUCCAGAGAAGAAGUCUCUUCCUGUGACAGUCCCCAAGUCUCCAGUCUUCACCUCGAGAAGCAGAACCCGAGCCCCUGUCAGAGAGGAGGAAAAGGAAAAAGAAGUGGUGCCUGUGAUCAAAGCCAACCCCAUGCCAUAUUAUGGGGUGCCCUUCAAACCCAAGCUGCCUGAGGCACGGCAGGUGGAGGUCUGCCCCUUCUCUUUUGAUGCCCGCGACAAGGAGAGGCAGAUCCAGAAGGAGAGGAAAAUAGAAGAGCUGCAAAAGGAAGAGGUUCCAAAGUUCAAAGCUCUGCCUCUGCCUUACUUUGACCAAGUGAAGCUGCCAGAAAAGAAGGUGAAAAACCCAACUCAGCCUGAGCCCUUCAAUCUGCAGGUUGAUGAGAGGGGAGCUGCCAAGCAGCAGAGCUGGAAGCAGCAGCUGAAAGAAGACUUGAAGAGGCAGAAGGAGGCAGCGUGCUUUAAAGCUCGUCCCAACACGGUGGUGUACCAGGAGCCUUUUGUGCCCAAGAAGGAAAACAAGCAGCUGGCAGUUCCUGAAAGCUUUGAGCUGGCAACAGAGAAGAGAGCUAAAGAGAGGCAGGAGUUUGAGAAGCACCUGGCACACAAAGAAGCCAUAAGGGAGAGGCACCAGGAGUACCUCAGGCAGCAGCAAGAGGAGCGUGAGAAGGAAGAAGUUGCUAAGCUCAGGCAAGAGCUGGUGCACAAAGCAAACCCCAUCCGCAGGUACCGCAGCCUGGAGGUGAAGCCCAGCGAGCAGCCGCUCACCACCCCCAGGUCCCCCAACUUCUCCGACCGCUUCCGCUGCUGACCGAGCGGCAGCCAC